AUGAAACAGCAAAAUAUUGCCAUUAAUAAUCCCAUUCAUCAUAAUAACACAUUCUUCUCUUAAAGUCCUAGAAGGAUACAAUAAAUUCCUCUCUCCACUUAACUUAAGUUGACUUAGCUUUAAAAUUAGUAGUUAACAAAUACUAGCACUCACAAAAACGGAACUCCACAUAACAUAUUGUCACCGACAGAGAACACAAGGUCUGAUUGGAAUAGAGCAGGUAUGAUGACUUAGUAGGAUAAAAAUUUCAGUUCGAUGUGGAGUAAAGGCCAUAGAUUAGGAGAAUCUAGAGUUGUAUCUCAGAGAGCUAGCACUGAAAGUCGUGGAUUUUCGUAGCCAGUGUCACCUUUAUCCAAGCAAGCUCAUCAGUCUUUUAUAAAACAAUUGCCUUUGGAAAUACCAGCUCUAACUUCUAAAAAUAAAAGAACUAUGCUUGAGUUUCAUAAGAAAAUGCUCAAUUAAAUUGUCACUAAAAGCAAUAAAAGAUUAAGCUUUAGCCAAAUAGACGAAGACAAGGAGGUUCUUAAGUUUGACCUUCAAAAUCAAAACGAGGAGAGCAGCAAGCGUAAAAUCUCAAUGAGAGGCUUGAUUCAUCACGAAGAUGAUAAUAACCAUGAAAAAUGGAGAGACUUCAAAAAUAAAAGUCUGUUGGAAGUACUGAACAAUAAUAAAAGAUAUGAAUAGUCUGAUAGUGGUUUAAAUGAAGAACUUAAUAACAGCCUUUAAAAUCAGGUCAAAAGUAACAAUGUCAAGUAAAUGUUUAAAACUAAUGCCUUCUCCCAUCAAAAUUCACCUAGGUAGUAACUUAUCAAUGAGAAGUAAUUAUUUAAGCAAAAUCCUGGGAUGAGUUAGCUUGAUCGAGAUUUCUAAGUAAUGAGGAAAAGUAUUGAAAAAUUGAAGAAGACUCCUUUAGAUGGAGUCUAAAACAAGCAGUUAAAGGAUUUUGAGUCUCAUAUGAACAAAAACUAUGAAAAUGCUUACUAAUCUGAGUUGGGAGAUGAAUAUUCUCGCUAGGAAAGGCAACUUAGUCUGAUGAUAUCUCAGGUUAGAAAGAAGACUGAAAUGAUGAGGAAGAGAAAGAUGCAUUCAGUGUACAAGUCAAAAGGGUACCCAGGAUUCGAUACUGGUGGAAGUUCAACAAAAAAUAAUGAAAAUCUGGAGGAAAAUGUGAACAAUCAGAUUAAUUCUCAGCGAGUUAAAGAUUAUCUAGAAUCUAAUUUGCAUCCAGUUUCUGGAAAUGGAAGACAGUCACUUUUAAAGCAGUCAGUCAACAGCCAAAUGAAACCUCAAGACAUUAAAAUAAACUUGAAAGAUGAGUAUAUCAAUCACUUGCAUAUAGUAAGCAAACUCAAAUGCUUCUCAUCUCUUAAACUUUACCUUGAUCACUCAUUCUAUCAAGUUUUUAUGCCUGAGAAUAAAUAAGUAACCCAAAACUAAGCUGACAUAGAGGAUAAUGUUGAGAGUAUGUAUGAAAAUAAAUAUGCAAAGUCUGUCCAUGUACCAACUUUGCAUUCCUAUCUGGAGCCAUAAUAAGAGGAAUCCAUCCCAAGUGAUAACAUAAAUUAUUCGACAACCAAGCGAUUAUCAGCUAUAUACUAUGAAGCAAAGAUGUACUUGGAGAAAAUGAUAAAAAAGAAGGAGAUCUAGAAUAUCAAGCAAGAGGAAAUGGAUGUGAACUUGGAAUAAUUAAGGAUAUUCUUCUUGGAUGUGUUUAAAAUGUUUCAACAACUGAUGAAAGGCUUGAAAUACUAAGAGGAAAAGCCUGAUGUAAUGCCUGCAUUUAUAUUGGACUAUCUUUUCAAGAUUAUAAUGAUGAAGGUUGAUGAUAUCAUUUAGAAUAACUAAAGAGUCAUUAAUUAAGCCAUAGAAAUGCAGAAAUUCCAAGUCAAGUAAUUGAAGAAAGAAGCGGAAAAUGAGAUGGAAUCAAUGAACAAUCAAAUAUAACUAUUGAGAAAGCAGCAUGCUGAAAAGUAUAAAAUAAUGAAGGAAAAGCUUGAGACUGCUUAUAGUGAUACCUAAAGAUACAAGGAUAUGUUUCAUGAAGUAGAAAAUGAAUUGAGUCAGCUGACUGACUUUGAUAAACGAAAUGCCCGCAUGGAGGAUCUCAAGGACUCUUACAAUGAGAUUAAUUAGUUGAUAAUGGAGAGUGAAGAUUAGAAAUUGAAGUAGAUCGCUGCUCUUGAGUAGUAUACUUAAAUGCUUGAUUUUGGGAUGGGUUUUGGGAAGAAAAAUCUGAGCAAAUCUCCUUAAUAAAAAAUCCCACCAAGAGAAACAAAGUUCUCUAAAUAAGAUCUUAAUCUUAAAUUGCUAGUUGACCAUGAAUUUCAGAAGGGCCCGCUAACUCAAAUUUAGUAAAGUAGCACAACUGAAAAUAGAACUUUAAUGGAGGACAUAAUUGGAUUAGUAGAUUAAACACCUGCUAAAACCGGUCCGAGAUGA